AUUCCUAAUCUGAAUGAAACAUCACAAGAAGCGGUGCUCGUGUUCGCCGGCGAAGAGGCUUUCGUUGAUUGCAAAGUAGAGAAUCUCCAGAAUUACACAAUUUUGUUCAAAUUCAUGGUCGCCGGCACUGAACCACAGAAGUCGGAAAUAAUAUCCGCCGGAAAUCUUAUCAUUACAAGUGAUCCGCGCUUUUCAAUGCUUCAUCACUCGGAACAUGACGUUUGGGUCCUAAACAUAAAGAAUACUAAAACUACUGAUUCUGGUAUUUAUGUUUGCGAAACCAAUUCCACUCCUAAGCAGCAAAUCGCCCGACUUUUAAGUGUAAUCGACACCGACUCCAGUGAUAGCAAUGAUAAAACCGAUGCCAUUCUGUCGGAUGUGAACCACAAUUACACAGAAUGUUGUAUCGAAGAG